UGCUCUGCAUAUUUUUUUUCUUCCCGAAACGAAUCUUCGAUUGUGGCUUAUUUUUCAUCCCAAAAGGAGCUCCCGUGCAAGUAGUUGCAGUAAUUCGAAGACAAUACCUUAAGAAAAAGCGAUAAAAAAAUAAGCAAUAUGCCCAGCAUCAAGUUGCAAUCUUCGGACGAGGAGAUCUUCGACACGGACAUCCAGAUCGCCAAGUGCUCGGGGACCAUCAAGACCAUGCUGGAGGAUUGCGGCAUGGAGGACGACGAGAAUGCCAUUGUGCCGCUGCCCAAUGUGAACUCGACGAUCCUCCGCAAAGUGCUCACCUGGGCCCACUACCACAAGGACGAUCCCCAGCCGACGGAGGACGAUGAGAGCAAGGAGAAGCGCACCGACGACAUCAUCUCCUGGGAUGCCGACUUCCUCAAGGUCGAUCAGGGCACCCUGUUCGAGCUCAUCCUGGCGGCCAACUAUCUGGACAUCAAGGGACUGCUCGAGCUCACCUGCAAGACGGUGGCCAACAUGAUCAAGGGCAAGACUCCCGAGGAGAUCCGCAAGACCUUCAACAUCAAGAAGGACUUUACGCCCGCCGAGGAGGAGCAGGUGCGCAAGGAGAACGAGUGGUGCGAGGAGAAGUAGACCGCUCUCGACCAGGAUCAAGUUAUAAAGCAGGAGGAGGAGGAAGACAGCAGACGGAUGCAGAUGCGAAGCAGACAUGGAGUCAUGCCGAUGCCGCAUUGGAGCUUUAUUUAGUUGCUACUCUCAUUUCACAUUUUUUUUUGUUCUCUACCCUGAAAGACCCUCAUUUUGAAUUUGAAUAACUGAACGGGCUUGAUGUGAUUCACGGGGUUAUUCGUUCUAUGCGAAAAUGCAUAACUCUAUGUAGCCUACAUAUAUGAAUAAGAACACUAUGAUUUCACCUUAAUAAAUAUGUACUACCCAAACACACAAAA